CAGCAGGGAUACCGACACUGGGUCAGGGACGGCAACAGCGACACCGGCUACGGGGCAUCGGCGCUGGGACGGGGACAGCGGCACCACCGCAGACAGCCUCGGCCUGCUGGAGCUGAACUCAGGGAGCGGCUCCCCUGGGGGGGCCAUCCCCGCCAUGGAGCCCCCUGCCCGCGCCUGCUCCUGCGGCUCCCCUGCCUCUGACAGCGAGGUCGAGGCUGCCGGCUCCCCCCGGAGUCCCCCCAAACCUGAGCGCAGCCGCAAGCGCCCCGCGGGGCUGGACCGAGCCCCCCCCGAUUCGCCGCCGUCGCCCCGCGGGGGGAAGCGCCCGCGGAAAGGGGAGGGGGGGGAUGUCCCUCCCAGCGAUGGAGAUCGCCUCUUUGCCCAAAAGUGCCGAGAGCUCCGGGGCUUCAUCCGGCCGCUGGCGGAGCUGCUGGAGGGGCUGCGGCGGGGCCGCUACGACAGAGGGCUGAGCAGCUUCCAACAGAGCGUGGCCAUGGACCGGCUCCAGCGGAUCAUCGGGGUCCUGCAGAAGCCAGAAAUGGGUGCCCGGUACCUGGGGACGCUGCUGCAGGUGGAGGCGAUGCUGCGGCUCUGGUUCCCCCACGUCGCCCCCAAACCCGCGCUGGAUCCAGCCCCUGCCGCAGCUCCCCCGCGCCGCCGCCCCCCCGCCGGUCCCGCCGGGGCUCCCCGGUGCUGCCGCCUGCCCGAGGAGCUCCCCCCCGGGGACCUGCCCCUGGCCAGCGCCGCGGGGACGGCGGGCACGGUCCAGCAGCGGGGGUCCCCCCAGUGCCAGGCCGGGACCCCCGAGUCUCCCCCGGCGCCGGACGUGUGACACCCCCCCCGGCUCGGGGGGGGGGGAAGAUUCUCGUCUGUAUUUCUUGGUUUUGCCUUUUUUGAUUGUUUUUUUUACCGGUGGUCAGUGAUACCCGCGGGCGGGCGGGACUGACCGGGGGGGCCGAACCCCCCCAGAAGCCCUAACCCAGGGGCGGCCGCGUGCCUUGGCCAGAGCGGAGCCCCCUCCCCGCGGGGCCCGGGGGGCAGCUGGGCCUUCCCGGGCUUGUGCCUUCCCCGUGGCGUGGGGUGCUCGCGGGUGAGUGUGGCCCCCCCAGAGCGGUGGUAGGGGGCUGAGGGGUGUGGAUCCCCCGAAUGGGGAUGUCCCACAGUCGGCCCUGCUGGAAGCAAUAAACGCCGCGAGAGCGGCCGGGGCCACCCGGUGUCGUGUCCUUUGUCCCUUGGGAGGGCGGGGGGCGGGUUCCUGUCCCUGAGGGAGUCCAGGCCCCAGGGGGCUUAGAGCCGUCCCCGGCCCUUGGUGCCACUUCGUCCUCCCUGCUGUGGGACCCCGAGUGCCCACGGUGCCUUCAGUCCCGGCUGCGGGCAGGGCCGGCGGGAGGGAGAGCCCCGGGACCGCGCACACCGCACAGGACCCCACGGGUGUCCCCCCGGUUCCACCGCCCCGAG